CUAAUGGUUGGAAUUAAAGAAGGUUUUUCCAAACAGAAACUCAAUAAACCUCUCCUCCUCUCGCCGCACUUGGUCUGGUCCGCAUUGUUCCGCCGCGCACAGUAGCGUUAAGCCACCGCUCCGGCCACCUGUCACCGCCGUGAUUCCUAUCGUUUGCAGAGCAUCCUCGCCGGAGGCUGUGUUCUCUUACUGUAUUAAGGCUCUAAUAUAGAAGAUUGAUAAGGACAACGAUGGAGCUCACUAUUGUUCAACCUGAUGAUUGGCAUCUUCACCUCCGUGAUAGGGCCCUCCUUGAAGCUGUCAUCCCUCACAGUGCAAAGCAUUUUGGAAGGGCUAUAGUAAUGCCGAAUUUGAAACCACCCAUCACCACCACAGCUGCUGCUAUUGCUUAUCGAGAGUCCAUUUUGAAAGCAAUACCUAAAAAUAGCAACUUCACUCCUCUGAUGACACUUUACCUAACAGAUAUGACAACUCCUGAUGAGAUUAAACUUGCAAAAAAAAGUGGAGUUGUUUAUGGUGUGAAGUUGUAUCCUGCUGGUGCAACAACAAACUCCCAAGAUGGUGUUACAGAUAUUUUUGGAAAAUGUUACUCUGUUCUUCAUGAAAUGGUUGAGCAAGAUUUGCCAUUAUUGGUUCAUGGAGAGGUUACAAAUCCAGAAGUUGAUGUUUUUGACCGGGAAAAGGUCUUCAUUGAAACUAUCUUAGAGCCUUUAGUUCAAAGGCUUCCACGGCUGAAGGUUGUGAUGGAGCAUAUUACCACCAUGGAUGCUGUUAAAUUUGUAGAAUCUUGCAAAGAAGGUUAUGUUGCAGCAACUGUGACACCACAGCAUCUUUUUCUCAAUCGUAAUGCUUUGUUCCAAGGUGGCUUACAACCUCACAAUUACUGUCUUCCAGUGCUCAAAAGAGAGAUCCACAGACAGGCCAUUGUUUCAGCUGUCACUGGUGGAAGUACACGGUUUUUCCUCGGAACUGAUAGUGCUCCACAUGAUAGGCGUAACAAGGAAUGUUCGUGUGGAUGUGCUGGCAUAUACAACUCCCUGGUUGCUCUAUCCAUAUAUGCGAAGGUUUUUGAAGAGGCUGGUGCACUUGAUAAGCUGGAGGCUUUUACAAGUUUUAAUGGACCUGACUUCUACGGCCUCCCCAGAAACAAGCUAAAGAUUAAACUGAGGAAAGCUCCUUGGAGAGUACCUGAGUAUUUGUCAUUUCCAUUCGGAGAUAUUGUUCCCAUGUGUGCUGGUCAAACACUUGAAUGGGAGGCGUUGCUUAAUUAAGUGGUCCAUUGUUGUUGACAUAAUGCUAGCUAACAGGGAAUAUGUGAGGAAUAAGUGGAAAAGAGAAUGCUACUUGGAUCCCUAUAGUUGCAUAACGCAAUUUCUCCUGUUUCUUGGCAUUACUGUUUUGCUGAAAAUUACAAGGAGGAAAGAUUCUGGCAGUCCUUUCAUUUGGCAUCGAAGUCGUACCAUCACUAUUUUAAAAGGCCAUGGCCAGAACUUUUGAACUCAUACCUCACAGUGCUUUAGUAUUAGUAUAUAUUGAGAAUGUUCUUUUGUUC